AUGCAACAGUUGGAGGCCGCCAAAGCGUCCUUGGAAGGCCGGGAUAUUUGGAGCAAAUGUCUUGUCAUUCUCCAUUCUGGCGGCAAUGACUUUAUCGGUGCUGAGAAGAAUUACAACCCUUUCGCUCCAGGGAACAACUGGAUCCCGCAUGUGACUUUUGGCUUCCGCAAGAAAGCCGUGGAGGUUCUCACAAACUUGCAGACCUUUCUGAAGGCACUUGCGGAAUUGGGAUGUGAGCAAUUUCUCGUCUCAGAUUUGCCAUUUACCUCUGUGGUACCAGCGCUUCAAAUGGCCCGGCUAGCAAGGGUGAACAAGAGGGGCCGCUGGAUGAGCCAACAAAUGGAAUCCAUGCUUCAGGAUGUGCGAGAAAGCUCAGCAGAGAAAGGGAAGGACGUUCAAAUUGGGCAUGUUCGAGAAGCUGAACUUCUCAAUUGCUUGGUUGGACCUUUUGGGAAUAUUUGUGCUCGGUGUGGCCUCUUCGUGACGGACCUCUUUCACCCGAGCACAGAUUUGCAUGGCCGCAUGGCGGAGGCCAUCGCGGCUACAGUCACUGUCGAGCGCUCCAAAAAGGAUGGUAAAGACAUCUAUUCAGGUGAGAGUUGCGACGAACUCAUCAACCGAUCUCCGGCAAAGGCUCAGUCAGCAAGCAGCUUUUCAAUCUGUUAG